AUGCUUCACAACUUGACAAAUCUGGAGGUACUAUCUCUCUCUUUUGUCAACAUCUCAUCUCCGAUACCUGUGAAUAUUUCUUCCUCCUUAAGGUACAUGGAUCUUGAAUAUACUAAUCUGCGAGGUGUUCUCACAGAGAGCUUUUUUCUUCUGCCAAACUUAGAAAGGCUCAAAUUGGGUUUCAAUGCUCUUCUCAAAGGAGUUUUACCAAAGAUCCACCCGAGCAGUACUCUGUUGGAGUUGGAUAUUUCAUACACAGGAAUCUCCGGUGAGCUGCCUGAUUCAAUUGGCACCUUGAGUUCCUUGAAUAUCUUGUACCUCCAAGGAUGUCAAUUCUCUGGUUCAAUUCCUGAUUCCAUUGGUAAUCUUACACAAAUUAGGGAGUUGAUUUUAUCUGAUAAUCAUUUCACUGGCCACAUUCCUUCCACAAUCUCUAAAUUGAAGCACCUCACACAUUUAGUUCUUGAGUCCAAUUCCUUUUCAGGUGAAAUUCCAGAUAUUUUCUCUAACCUCCAAGAGCUACGUUAUUUAGAUCUUUACAGUAACAGCUUCAUCGGUUCGUUUCCUUCUACAAUUUUAAACUUGAUACAUCUUCAAUACUUAGACUUGUCGAGUAAUUCCCUAUCUGGCUCACUGCCCAGCAACGCAAGCAUGUUUCCAAAGCUAACCGAGCUGGAUUUGUCAUACAAUUCACUGAAUAGUACCAUACCAUCUUGGGUGUUUAGCCUCCCUUUGCUAACAUCAUUGUCGCUCCAAAAUAAUCAAUUUAGUGGACUAGCCGAUGAGCUAAAAAACAACCCAACAUUAGAAGACCUGUUUUUAAGCAAUAAUCAACUCAAUGGUUCUUUUCCUCAAUCACUUGCGAAUCUCACAAACCUCUUUACCCUUGACAUUUCAUUAAAUAACAUCACAGGUGAUGCGGGAAUAAAUAUCACCUUUCCUAGCCUAGAAAAAGUGUUCUUAUCAUCUUGUGAAUUGAUGGAUUUUCCACACUUCUUGAGAAAUGUAAAGACACUUCAGGUCUUGGAUAUUUCUAACAAUAAGAUUCGUGGUCAAAUCCCUAACUGGUUUAGCGGCAUGAGGUGGGACUUGUUGUGGUUCCUAAACCUUUCUCAUAAUUCAUUAACAGGUCAUCUACCACAAUUUCAUUAUUAUAGUCUAAAGUAUCUUGAUCUUAAAUUUAACUUCCUUCGGGGGUCACUACCUUUAUCCAUUUGUAACAUGAGUAGCCUUAGCCUUCUGGAUUUAUCACACAACAACUUCAGUGGCUCUGUUCCACAUUGCUUCGGCAGCAUGGUUGAGCUAUCUGUGUUAGACUUUAGAAGAAAUAAUUUCACAGGGAGUCUUCCACCAUUUUGUGCACAGACCGAUUCAUUGAAAACCAUCGUCUUGAAUGGUAAUCUAUUGAAAGGACCUGUCCCUGUGUCAUUGCUCAACUGUAUUGGUUUAGAAGUUCUUGAUUUGGGGAAUAACGCUAUAAAUGACACAUUUCCAGCUUGGCUAGGAACACUUCAAGAACUGCAGGUCUUAAUAUUAAAAUUCAAUCUGUUCCAUGGACCUAUAAGUACUUGUCAGAUUGAGUUUUGCUUUCCCAAAUUGCGAAUUUUUGAUCUUUCUCGUAAUGAACUCAAUGGAUCAGUUCCUGCAAAAGUUUUUGGAAACUUCAAGGCAAUGAUCAAAUUAGAUGGUUAA